AUGUUGAGUGAAAUAGACUGUCACAGAAGCGAGCAAGCCAAGGUGACGUCGCUAGGACCGCUAUAUCUUACAGGCAAGGCAGACAUCAAAAUACGGAGAGAGCCGCUGAUGCCUCGGACGAAAGACUCCAUAUUCUACUGCGAUUGCCGGACAUUCUUGUGCAAGAAGAAACCCGUCAGUGAGAAAGUGUUCAGAUCGCAUAAGUCAUACGACGAGCAGCAGAAGAGGAUUCAGGAGAAAAGAGCCAACGAGCCACACACAGCAGUGAGGAAGCAGGAGAGGAUUCAAGAGGAAAGAGUCGACAAUUUGUGCACAGCAGGGAGGAAUAAUGAACAGGCAAGGGCCGAUUCAGAUAGCGAGAGUGCACUCGCAUCGCUAGUCUUCGCUGCAAUGUUAGGAGAGACUUCGUCAUCUACGGGGUUCUCAAACGGCUUGUGGACGUGUGAGAAGACCGACGUUGACGGAAGCACAGUUGCUCGAGAAUCACAGAAUGCCUCGCACGGCACCAGUGCACAGAGACCUCCUAUGGCGAUGGUACAAACCGUUCCCGCAGUACUGUCUGUUCCUGCAGAGAAGACCGACAUUGACCGAAGCACAGUUGCCCAAGAAUCACGGAAUGUCUCGCACAGCUCCAGCGCACAGACACCUGAACUUGUGUUCAACAAGUUCUAUCUCAUGGAUAUGGAGCUGGAGUUGCGCACGCGACACUGUAACGAUCUCUAUAACAAGGCUAUAGAUACUCCAGAAUGGAGUCCGGAAGCGUGCAAUGUGGUGAACCAGUUGCAGGAGGAGGAGAUCUGGGCUGAGCGUGCUGAGAAGGAGAUUCGAGACGCCGAAGUUGGGAGGCAUUGUCCUGCAAUGAAGGCGCUGAGGAACGCAUUGCUGGAAAACAUCGAGAAGCACCGCAGGUGUCUGCGAAAGCAGAUGUCAUGGGUUGGAGGUCGCAUACCCAAUCCUGUCAUGAAACUCUCGGGCAAGAUUGUCGACACUAGUGCGUAG